CACACACCCACACAUACAUAUAGAGGCCAGCCAAAAAACCAAUCCCCCCAAUGGAGGACUACAAGUUCCUGUUCAAAAUCGUCCUGGUGGGCAAUGCGGGCGUGGGCAAAACCUGCCUGGUGCGCCGCUUCACCCAAGGCCUCUUUCCACCCGGCCAAGGUGCCACCAUUGGCGUGGACUUCAUGAUCAAGACGGUGGAGGUGGAGGGCGAGAAGAUCAAGCUGCAGAUCUGGGACACUGCCGGCCAGGAGCGUUUCCGCUCCAUCACCCAGAGCUACUAUCGUUCGGCACAUGCUUUGAUCCUGGUCUACGACAUUAGCUGCCAACCCACGUUCGACUGCCUGCCCGAUUGGCUGCGCGAGAUCCAGGAGUAUGCCAACUCCAAGGUGCUCAAGAUUCUGGUGGGGAACAAGACGGACCGGGAUGACCGCGAGAUACCCACGCCGAUUGGCGAGGAGUUUGCCAAGCAGCACGACAUGUACUUCCUGGAGACAUCCGCCAAGGAGGCGGAGAAUGUGGAGCGGCUGUUCUACGAGAUAGCCGCCGAACUGAUUGGUCAGGCGAGGAGCAAGGAUGGCAGUAGUUCGGCUGCGGCGGCGGCAGCCCAGCGCCAGUCGGAGGGCAGUUCCAUCGGACUGGGGAGCUUCAGUGCCAAGGCAGCGCAGAGCAAUUGCUGCGGCGGACUCGCCAGCGGCGGCGGCAGCAGCUCCAACUCUAGUCAAGUGGGCUGAGCUGCUAAAAAACUGAACUGGAAACUGAGCAGCUAAUCUAUAUUUAGUUAAGGACUAAUCGUGAUAUUUCAUUGAUUUUUGUAUUACCAUCAAGCUCCCAUAUUCUAGAACCUCUCUUUAAUUUGUUAUUCGACUUGUUUUAUCGGAUUACCGAUUAUCACGAUUAAGAUCUACAUUUUUGAGGUGAAAACCAAACAAAAAUGGCAACUGAGCAGCUAAUCUAUAAAUAGUUAA